UCAGAGCCCGGAGGAUGCUGCCUGAAGGAUUUACCCCGCAAUGGGGACGCCAUCAGGGGUUCUAGGCAGGCGGGUGGUGGCAUGCCCAGAUUUUCAUGUUGAGACUGUCACUCUCUCUGCAGAGAGGCGCCCAGUGAGGGCGGUUAGGAACUAACACCGGACCUGCCAGGCCUCGGCCAAGGCUGCGGAAGGCGCAGGCGGGGAGGCGGAGGGCUGCGCUUCUCCGCGGGAAACCGGACCGGCCCACGUGGGCCAGGCCGCCCCGCCCCACGCGCUGACGCCGCCGGGCUCCGCAGUCCACGCCUGGAGCUGGGAGCGCAGCUCAGGAACCCUGCACCCCACGCCCGACCCGCGUGGACGCCCAGGCCACGGGACCCCGAGCCCGGAGGGGCGAUUCCCGCCGCGGGGCCAGUGGAACCAGAGCUGGCGGUGCCGGGGCGGGCGCCUCCAGGCCACCAGAUGUUCGCCAUCCAGCCAGGGGUAGCUGAGGGGGGCCAGUUGCUGGGGGGCCCACCUCCUGGAGUAUGUCAGCCUGAGUUUCAUCCAGACAGCAACUCCAACUUCAUGGCGAGUGCCAAGGACGCCAAUGAGAAUUGGCAUGGGAUGCCAGACCGAGUGGAGCCCAUCCUGAUGAGGAGCUCCUCCGAGUUGCCCUCUGACAACCAGGCCUUCCAGGACCCUGGACUCCCUGAGGGGGAGCUCCGCAGCCCACCAGAGGGAGCAGAGAUCCCCAGAGCUGAGCCUGAGAAGAUAAGUGGUACCGGCACAAUCUGCUCCCCUCUGGAGGACAAUGGCUAUGCCAGCAGCUCCCUGAGCAUUGACAGCCUUAGUAGCAGCCCUGAGCCUUCCUGUGGGACUCCUCACGGCCCUGGGCCUUCAGAUCCCCUUCUGCCCUCGGUGGCCCAGGCUGUGCAGAAGCUGCAGGCUCAAGAGCGCUACAAAGAGCAGGAGAAGGAGAAACACCACAUGCACUUGGUGAUGUACCGCCGCCUGGCCCUGCUCCAGUGGAUCCGAGGCCUGCAGCAUCAGUUGGUUGACCAGCAGGCCCGCCUUCAGGAGAGCUUCGACACCAUCCUAGACAACCGAAAGGAGCUUAUCCGCUGUCUCCAACAUAAGGCAGCACCGUCCAGGCCCUAGGACUAGGAUUAAGAGUGUGCCUCUCUGGGUAUAUGUAUAUAUUUGCAGGCAUGUGUGAGAUUGUGUACAAGUAUAUGAUUAGCUGGUAUGAGUGCAGGUAAGCAUAAGUGAGUAUGUAUGUGCUAACAUGUGCCAGGCAUCAGCUUAUGUGUGCUGUAUAUAUACACAGCCUAAAUUAUGUGCAGGCCUGUGUGAAUGUGUCCAUCUAUGUAUGUAUGGUGUAUGUGUAAGAGAGUAAUAACAUUUUGGUUAGUUUACUUUAUUGUAAGAAUACAGUGUAUAAUCCAUAUAGCAUACAAAAUAGGUGUUAAUUGACUAUUUAUGUUAUCCAUAAGGCUUCCGGUCAGCAGCAGACUAUUAGUAGUUAAGUUUUUGGAGAGUCAAAAGUUCUACAUGGAUUUUUGACUGUUUCAGGGAUCGACACUCCUAAAACCUUCAUUGCUCAUGGGUCAACUGUAUACACAAAAGAAGUGUGUGCCAAUGAGUAGGUUUGAAUGUUGAGGCUUGUGGUGGGUGUAUAUGAGUGAACUCUUGUUUGUGUAGGCCUAUAAAUAGGGGUGCAUGUGUGCUGGUGAGGCCUGGGAAGUGUAUGUUAGGAACAUGUAUUUGCAGGCAGACUCCUGAGCAAGGGUGUACAAAUAUAUAUUCAAUUGCACAUGUGGGGCAUCCGUCCACACCCUAUGUUACCCAUGACCUGCUAUAGUUUUUUUUUCUCCACAGGGCCCCACUGCUCCAUGGAAAGAGGGUUUCUUGGGGUUUCCCAGGCCACCCCUCCUUCACCUUCCCCUCACUCUUCCUAGAUUUUGCUCUGCUAAGGCUGUUGUCCCUGACCAUGGAUUUGCUGUAGAUGGUAGCCGCUUUGGCCUGUCAAGGCUUUUUGGCUGCAAUUUUGCCAGAGCAGUUGGUAGAGAAUUAGUAUCAGGCAGGGGAGCUGGGGGUGGUGAUUGACACGAUGGCAGGAGUGGGGGUGGCAUUAGAGAAGAAGACAGGGACUGUCUUUCUUGAACUCUGCCUCCCAGCAUGUGGGAGAUGGGGUUGUGGAGAUGAUCAUGGUAGAACCCUGUGAAAAAUAGGAGUUGGGGAAUUCUUUUUUUUUUUUUUUUUAAAUAUAUUUUAUUGAUUUUUUACAGAGAGGAAGGGGAGAGAGAUAGAGAGUUAGAAACAUCAAUGAGAGAGAAACAUUGAUCAGCUGCCUCCUGCACAUCUCCUACUGGGGAUGUGCCUGCAACCCAGGUACAUGCCCUUGACCGGAAUUGAACCUGGGACCUUUCAGUCCGCAGGCCGACGCUCUAUCCACUGAGCCAAACUGGUCUCGGCGGGAAUUCUUAAAUGCCAGUUCCAAACAAACCACAAACCAGCUCCUCUCCACUGCAAAGGAGCUGUUACAGACCAUACUGAUUUAAGCUUCUGAUGAAAAGAAAUGUGUGCUAAUAAGCUUGCAAGGAAUGGACAAAGUGUUCCCAGGCUGUUGGGUAAAAUCUCGCUUCUGUCUGUGUGCCUCUACUUGCUGUGCCUCUCUGGAUUUAGCAGCACUCGAUGUUGAAUUAGUUUGGUUCUUUUCCCUGAAAUCAGACUGCCUGUGCCAGGAGGAGCCACAGUUCUUUCAAGAGUGGGCAGAGGGCAGGGUCAGCCCUCCCCCUGUAAACUCUUAGGAUGCUGAGUCAUACCCCCUUUCAUCACUGAAUGGCCCUCUAAAUGGGAGUUGACAGGCUCCAGCAGAAGCUCUGUGAGGUGGAGAGCUGGUGAAUUCUGGAGAGAGCCAAAGACUAAGGUAGCCAAGCUCUCUGUUUUGCUUCUGGGAGCCAAGAGGUUGCAAGAUCCUAAUGGGUGAGCAGUGGCAUGGAGGUCACUGAUCCUACCUCUGGCUCUCAGUCUUCCUAUCUGUAAAAUGUGGGGGCUCUUUCUAUCUCUAGGUGGGUGGGUGGGUGAAAGCAAUGGGAAGUGAGGCUGAGACAGCGACCCUGGGGACUUGUGUCUAGCUCUUGCAUGUUGAGUCUGAGCCAAGAUGAAUAAACUGGAGCAGAGAAAUGCAUUUCUUGAGUUUGUGUGUUUCUAUUCUAUUCUUGAGUUUGUGCCGUCUGGUGGCCUCUUUUUCACAUCAUCUGAGCCCCUUUGUGAGCAGGGUUCUGAGCUAGGGGGUAAAGAUGGGGGAAGACACGGGAGGAGGAAUCCAGCCUGCGACAGUUGACAAUCUGAUGGUGGGACAGAGAGGUCUCUCCUAAGGGGUUUCUCAAGUUGACAGGGGGGACUUGGCCUAUUUGGGUUGUCCUUGUCCUAAAGCACCUUUGGGCCUGAAAAUGGGGGUGUUGAUUGUGAAAGACACCCCCACACAAAACACACAAACACUCAUAUUCUCAACCUGCUCUAGAGCCACUGCUUCCCUGAAAGGCAACCUGACUGCAAAAGAUUGAGGGUCCUUAGAUGGUUCUGACACAGAUGUGGUUACAAUACAUGUGCAUGACUUCAGAUAUUUGUUGAUGCCAAUCAUAUUAGAUCUUCUAUUUUAUAUUAACUUGUAUGAUGAUUUAUUGAUGUCUCAAAAAUCCACUACUUUUAUAAAGAAAGUAAAUUAGUUACCUAUUGCUGCAUAACAAAUUACCCUAAAACUUAGUGGCUUAAAGCAAUACACAUUUGUCAUCUCACCACUUCUGUAGGUCAGGAAUCUCUCUCAAGGCUGCAGUCAAAGCCAGUCAGUCCAGGGUGCAUGGAGCAUUCAGUUCUUCAAGGACUGUUGGCUGAAGGUCACCUUCAGUUCCUUGCCAUGUGGGCCCUUCUAACAUGGUUGCUUAAUUCAUCAAAGCAUGCAAGUUACUAGUAAGAAAGUCAGAGUACUAGCAAGACAGCAGUCAGUUUUCUGCAACCUAAUCAUAGAAAUUCAUCCCCUCCAUGUUGCCAUAUCCUGUUGGUUAGAGGUAAGUUUCUCAAAGGGAGGAUAUUACACAAUGGUCUAAGAACCAGGAAGGGGGAGAAUCAGAGGGCAUCUUAGAGGAUGCCUACCAUAGAAGGCAUAUUUUAUUGAUUAAAUCAAUCAAAUACUGUACUGAUUAUUUUUAAAUUACAAAAUAAAA